AUGUUCAAAAAGAAGCCUACGAUCAAGAACCUGUCUCCUCUGCGGUCUUCUGACCGCCGAAAGACGGCCGAUCAGAUCAUAAAGGAAUACCAAAUAACCGUCCCCUCCAAUUCACCAACCGAAUCUAGCGCCCAGGGUCCGGCCGCAAACCCCACGGCUCCAACCCUCACGACUAUUCGCAAUUCCCUCCUCCCCGAAAACUCGCUCUCCGCACGCUUCACAACGACAUCAGGUCCGCAACUCCGCGAAGUUCAAGGAACUGUCUUUGUCGGUGCACACCCCGGCAGCGAAGAACGAGCUCUGUGGUUCAGGUUAGACCAAGGACCCGGCUCCGAUGGCCGCCUCUACCCCACUGUCUACACGCUAUGGCAUAACCCGAACCUCGUGCCUCUUCUUUACACGCCGGAGAUGGUGAUGAAGAAGUUACAUGGCGGUGCGGAUCUGAUGACGCCUGGUAUCGCCAACGACCCGCCGUUCCCCGAGCGUGCAGUGAAGGGCGCGGUGGUUGCUGUGGCUGGCUUGGAUCGGUAUACGGUUCCGUUAUUUGUUGGGGUUUGCGAGAUUGAUAUUGUGGGACUGGAGGAGGUUCAGGGUACAAAGGGACAUGCGGUUCGCGGUGUUCACUGGGAGGGCGAUGAGUUGUGGGCUUGGAGCUCGUCUUCUCGACCUGGCCAACCGGCCCCGGAGUAUUUGGAAGGCUGGGAUGAGGAGAUCGAGGAAGGUGAGGAAGAAGGUGGCGAAGAGGUCGAUGAAGUGAAGGAAGGGAUUGAUGAGUUGGCGUUGCAAGAUGGACAAGCCGGCGAUGGCGAGGAGCCCUUGGGAGAGUCGCCUGAGCAGCCGGAGGAAGCGCCUGCUAUGGAAGAAAAGGAACCAAAAGCAAAGGAAAUCGAUGAUGCCUUUGUGAAUGCUUUUAUCUAUGCUCUCUACAAACUCAAGCAAGACAACCCAACAGUGAAAAACCACAACAUAUUGCUUCCUAUGCAGCCAUCACAAUUGAUCACCUUCAUCACCCCGUUCUUGCCGAUUUAUACCCCUCGGCAAGCUCAAUGGUAUAAUAUCAAGAAGACAACCUGGAAGAACGUCAAGAAGUACAUCAAACACUUGCACAAACUUCAGCUGGCAUUGGCAAAGGAUCGCAGUGGAGGUGAAACUGUCAUCCUCGAUGUGGACUUCAACGACCGUUUAGUCCAGCAGUUUGUUCCAUACAAACUUCCGUCCAAGAACGCCCUAGAGAAGGCAGAGAAACAGGCUGCCCCUGUGAAUAAGAAGCCUGCGCCUACAGGGGAUGACCCCUCCGUCGGCCAAACGUUGACUGUCCAGACUCUCUACCGGCCGACGCAAAAGUUGACGCCGACGAUAUUCCCAGCUCUGUCUACCACCAACCCCAGCAACUAUUACAAAUACUCCGACGUUUCCAACCACCUGGACCAGUACCUCCAAUCUCAAGACCCGCCUCUCAUCUCCAAAGAAAACCGCCGCAUCAUUUCUCUCAACCCUUUCCUCGCCAACACCGUCUUCUCAUCUUCGUCAGGGGAAGACAGGAGCACACUUGCCCGUAGAAUGACGACUCGGGAUGGUCUCUUGAAACGACUGGUGGAAGACCAUUCUUUCCUGGCACCACACUACGUGAUCCUCAAACCCGGCCAGACACUUUCUGAUGUCAAGCCCAAAGCUGGCGCAGCGCCCAAGGUGCACGUUACACUUGAGCGUCGAACGGGCUCAAAGACCGCCACCAAAGUAUACGGCCUGGAGAUCUUUGGUAUCAUUCCCAACUUGCUGGCUGAGGAACUGCAGAAGAAGUGCGCGAGCAGCACCAGCGUCACGCAGGCUACAGGAGCCCCCAAGGGAGUUAUGGAGGUCUUUGUGCAAGGUGACCAGAGACGGGCUUUGGAGACUGCAUUGGUUCGACGGGGUUUGAAGACGCAAUGGAUUGAGGUGGUGGAUAAGACGAAGAAGAAGAAAUAG